GUUCGUGCUUUCCCACAAUGCAUUGCGUCUCAGCGGGAAACCAAAAUGGCGAGGCUGAAGAGAGAAAAACACUCGUUUGGUGUAUUUUGAAAAUCCAUAACGAGCCGCGAGUUAUUAAGAGAAAGCCUGCGGGAGUGAGGAAGCGGAGAAAGCCUGUGUGUUUAAUGGUUUUUCCUGUAUAUGCAGCAUUUUAAGCGCUGGAAGUGGCCGAAUGAGAGACUCAACGGUCGUAAACAGUCCGAGCUCCCAUCGCAAGUCUCCGUCUCAUCGUCAAGACGAGUCUCCCGUGUCCUUGUCCAAACUCUCGCUCAGAAAUGGGCAGGGCGACACGGAGAAGCUCGCUAAUAAGUUCGAGGAGGGCCAGGAUGUUUUAGCUCGCUGGUCUGAUGGCUUGUUUUAUCUGGGGACAAUCACGAAGAUAAACAAACAGAAGCACUGCUGUUUUGUGGUUUUUGAAGAUCAGUCUAAAUCUUGGGUUCUUUGGAAGGACAUUCAGACAGGGGACAGUGGAGGGGAGAUGCUCUGCACCAUAUGCCAGAAUGAAAGCUCAGAACCGCCCAACGAAAUAGUCAUCUGUGACAAGUGUGGACAAGGAUACCACCAGCUCUGCCACGCGCCCGUCAUCGAUGCCUGCGUGAUUGCGUCGGACGAUAAAUGGCUCUGCCGAGAGUGUGUGUUUGCCACAACUACAAAGAGAGGUGGCGCGCUGAAGAAAGGGCCGAACGCCAAAGCGCUGCAGGAGAUGAAGCAGUCGCUGCCGUACACCCUGGAGGAGCUGGUGUGGGACCAGGGCCAUAAAACCAACAUCCAGCAGUGCUACUGCUACUGUGGAGGGCCUGGAGAGUGGUAUCUGAAAAUGCUGCAGUGUAACAGAUGUAAGCAGUGGUUCCACGAAGCGUGCAUCCAGUGCUUACAGAGGCCCAUGCUCAACGGAGACAGGUUUUAUCAGUUUAUUUGUUCAGUUUGCAGUAGUGGACCAGAGUACCUCAAACGGCUGCCUCUGAGAUGGGUAGAUGUUGCACAUCUCAGCCUCUACAAUCUGAGUGUUAUUCACAAAAAGAAAUAUUUCGACUCCGAACUCGAGCUCAUGGCUUUUAUUAACGAGAACUGGGACAGGCUUCAGCUCGGCGAGCUCACAGACACGCCCAAAUCAGAGCGGUAUGAAAAAAUUCUGGAAGCACUUAAUAGCAACCCGACCAUGUUCAUGUCCGGGAAGGAGAUCAAGAAGAAGAAACACCUGUUUGGGUUACGGAUCCGCUUCCCUCCGGGCCCUCAGAACUCAGAACUGCCGUCGGACAGGGAACAGGAAAAAGCCUCACAUGAGAUUAAGAUUAAGGGCAGGAAGUCCAUGAAGCCCCCUCAUGCAAACAGCACGGUCACCAAUGGAGUGGUGAAGAAAGGGAAGAGAAAGCAUCGCUCACACUCGUUGGAGACGCUGGCCAAGCUGAGACGAUCAGAAGAGCUUCUGGCACAGAAUCACAUGAAGUUCCCGACUGCAGAGAACAACUCUCUGGACGUGACGACGUCUAAAAGCGUCAAAGCUGAAAAGUCUGCGCCAUCAUCGAGUACCUCAGACGCCGACUCUGUUAGUGCCACCACUAUGAGCGAAUCUACCUCAACUAUAGUAUCCAGUCUUAGCAGCUCCAGCAGGUCUCUGGUGCCUCAGCCCCCGGUGAAAAGGGGACGAGGUCGUCCGAGGCGAGCGCUACAGCCCCCCAACCCCGAGAUUCCUCCGCCUCCGCAGCCCGAGCCCACGCCUGCCCCCAUGCCCACGCCCACACCGCUCUCCCGCUUCCCCCCCACCUCCAUCACGCAGGGCCUGGACUCGAGCGCUCAGCUCAGCCUCCUCAGGAGCUCCAUCAGCAGCUACUUCGGCGCGGCCGGGCGCAUGGCGUGCGGGGAGAAGUACCGCGUCCUGGCGCGCCGCGUCACCGACGACGGCAAAGUGCAGUACCUGGUGGAGUGGGAGGGCGUCACCGCUUCCUGAGCCUCCACACAAACAUAUAUACACACACACACGUAUACACACACACACACACACACACACGUACACACACACACACACUUCAGAACUGUGCUGUUUGGUAUGGUGAGGUAAGAAGUGUUUGUUUUUUUGCGGAAUGUAAGUGAACAGUGGAGCGGGAGUGUGUCGUUAUCUCCAGAGCUCACUGACCACACACACACACACACACACACACACACACACACACAAACACGUAAUGUGCCAUUCAGUUUCACACUCUUUGGCCCCUUUACUAACGUUAGAUUCGUUCUGGUUAGUGGAGUGGAAGAAAAAAGAGAGCGAGAACGAUUAAACCGUGCCUCUUUACCGUUACAUAAAAAAACAAAAAAAACAAAAACAACAAAAAAAAAACUGCCUUGUAGGUUGUAGAUGUCACACGGGGCCACACAUCAGACACGUGACUGGAAUCAGUGCAGUAUUUCGACACGCCCUCGGCUACUUCCUGUCACGCCUCAAACCCGCCUCGAACUCUAACCGUACGUUCACAAUUGCAGGCGAAAAAGUCGUUCGUGUUGCUUGUGGUUUGUCUCUUGUGGGGGCGUGGCCUGUCUAACUGUUUUUAUUCCUGAUGAAAACAGUAAUAGCUAUCUAUAUACAUAUGUAGCUACUGAAGCCUGACUAGUUGAAUGCACAUUAAAUAACGCACUAAUCAGUGUGAAAAUCGGUUGGUUUAAUUUCCGUUCAAUGACCUCGGCUUCAUACUAGCUGUGUUUUCUGAUUACGGUGGCAAAGCGAGCUGGCCGUACUUUUUACGUACACUCAGCGAUCUCUACUACUUCCUUCCAAGUCUUUAUUUUUCUUCGUAACAUCUCUAUACGCGUUAAAAUUAACGGGAGGUCGUAUAUGACGCACACAGUUCUUCCAGACGGUAAAUAGGAACUCAUUUUUUCGUAGGAACUAAAAAUCGUGAGGCGGGGAAAUGAAGAAACGUCGGACCACACGCUCGACUUUUGGACUUUUGGUCGCUUUCAACUCAGUCAGGCUGAUAACGUAACCGAACGUUUCUUAAGAUGGCUGACGUUAGUGGAAGUCGAAGAGGGCGUGUUUAAAACACAUUUAACGUAAAUCUUUCACCAGGAAAACCCAUGUCUCAGCGCCGUGCUACUGAUGUGCAGGCACCCAGAAUUAAAUAAAUAACUAAAUAAAAAAAAAAAUCCGAUGCUGUAUGCUGCUGCAAAUUUAAGGUAUUGUUUUCCAUUUUUAAGUAUUUCAGUCUUUUUUUUUUUUUUUUUGGUUAUUUUCCCUUUCUGGACGAGGAAGACUGUAUGAGAGAACAGCUUUCAGUUCAAUAGGGCACUUUUUUCUUUUUCUUUAAAAUAUACAUUUUAUCUAAAUUUCACUCAACUUUGAUUGCACAUUAGUUCGUCGUCCUGUUUAUCAGGUUACAUUUAGACAGAAAUUCUCCAAGUGCAAAUUAUUUGUUUUAAGGUAUUAACAGCAUUAAUUUUGGGGCGGGGUUUUAGAUCGAGGGAUUGGUUACUGAGAUCUGUUUUUUUUUCUCUCUCUCUCUCUCUCUCUCUCUCUCUCUCUCUCUCUCUCUCUCUCUCGUUUAUUUCUGAGAUUUUUUUUUUCACGUUUGUUAUUUUCACACGUAGACUAGGAAACCUCAGACAAAGCUCCUUCACGUUGCAUACGGAGUUGUUAUGUUACGCUUAAGCGAAAUUUUGUUCAUUUCAUCAUCCACACAAGAACUGUCAAAGGUGAGAACUUUCCUGGACUUGCUGUUGAACAUCAUGUUGUUCGAUGUAAAGUAUGCACACUAUUAGAAGCUCAAGGAUCUUUAUUUUUGUAGUGACUUUGGUUUCCUGUGCUGUUUUGUUUUCAUCCUAUGCAACUCGAUAUUCAAAAGAUGUCUGUGACUUUUUUUUUCUUUUUUCUUUUCAUUCAUCUGCUUCAGGAAAAUAAAACAGCAAUAUUUUUUUUUUCUUACAA